AAAAAAGCAACAAAAAACAGAUCAAGAACACAUAACACAAGACAAUUAAACAAAUUCAGCAAAAUUAUUAAAUAAAACUCGAAAAUAAUAUGUUAAAAUUGUACAACGGUGCUUUGAGGCACUCUUCCCGACGUUGUAUUUCGCUGACAGCAUGCCGAAACAACGAAGAAACCAACAACAGAGAAUCAGCCACAUUGAAAAGAAUACGCGAGGAACUGGCCAAAGAAAAAGCUGCCCUCAAAUGGCGUAAGACCAAUGAAGAAGUCGGAGAUGUUACAACCAAAUUAAAAUACUUUGCCAAUAAUGAGCAGACCUCGGAUUUUAUAUUGCUCAUGCAAAGACCCUUUGAACUAAAUCCCAAAAAAUGGCUUGCCAUGUGGGAAAAGAAAAAGGAGAAAGAUGAACGGCAUAUGCAAAAAUUCCUCGCCGAGCGUCAUGAAAUUUUGGGACCAGAUCUGGCCACAGCCCAUUUCAUUCUACAUCGUGGUGGUUUGGUGAAAUUUGUUAAUGCCCAGCACUGGACAAAGGCAGAUGAGGAUAACAAUUUUAAAGUACCCAAUCAAUAUGACCCCAGUUUUAAAUUGGAAGCCAUACGUUGUGAUAAUAUGCGUCUCUACUAUGAGGGAUUGGAGAAUAUACGGUGGUUGCAACAUCUUAAAUUUGCCUCCUUUCAUAAUGUCCUCAGUUUCGACGAUUGGUGUUUGGAUCGAUUUUCCGGUUCCCAGUGUGCUAAUCUCGAGGUAUUGGACAUCUCGGGGACUCAAUGUACGGCCCGGGGUCUCUCUUGCCUCUAUCGUCUGCACAAUCUUAAGCUGUUAAUUGUCAACGAUCCCAAAGAAUCGCUGGAAUAUGAACUGACAUGUUCAAUGUUACAGGAGACAUUACCAAAAUUGAAAAUAGUCGAUGCAGCUUCUGUACAUAAUUUACAGUAAUAUUACAAAAAAAAAGAUAUAUUAUUUACAAUAAAUUAUUUAACAAAAUUUAUAGAAAUCGAAGAAAAA